UUGGAUUUUCAGGCUGGUGUUGUAAGUGGGAAAGCUGGGAACUCGAUGGAUUGGGGCGUAAAUAAUGCAUAUAAAACGUAUAAAGGAGUAGACAUGGAACCUAAACACGUGAUGGACAUCUCACUAAUUCCAAGCAUUGAUCCAAUAGAUAUUGGAUUGGGUUCUUCAGAAAAGGGAAAUGCUAUGCCUUCAGCAAAACCAAGAAAGAAGACAAUGACAUCUGUAUAUCUUAAGUUUUUUGAGACAGCUCCUGAUGCGAAAAGUCGGAGGUGCAAGUUUUGUGGACAAAGCUAUUCCAUUGCUACUGCCACUGGUAAUUUGGGUAGGCACCUCGCUAAUCGGCAUCCAGGAUAUGAUAAGGCAGGGGAUACUGUCACCAGUUCGGCUCCACAGCCUGUUACUACUGUUGUUAAAAAAUCUCAACCUCAGUGUAAGGCACCCCAAGUGGAUUAUGAUCAUCUAAACUGGUUGCUCAUUAAGUGGCUUAUUUUAGCUUCUUUCCCUCCUUCAACUGUGGAGGAGAAGUGGUUAGCAAACUCCUUUAAAUUUCUAAAUCCGUCGGUACAACUUUGGCCGGGUGAGAAGUACAAAGCAGUGCUUUGUGAAGUUUUUAGAAGCAUGCGGGAAGAUAUAAGGGCAUCUUUGGAACAGGUUUCUUCUAAAGUCUCAAUCACUCUUGAUUUCUGGACUUCCUAUGAGCAAAUAUUUUAUAUGAGCGUCACAUGUCAGUGGAUUGAUGAAAGUUGGUCCUUUCGGAAAGUGCUUCUUGAUAUAUGCCACAUACCUUACCCUUGUGCGGAUUCUGAAAUCUUUCACUCUCUAGUGAAGGUUCUUAAGACAUACAAUAUUGAGAAUAGAGUUCUGUCCUGUACCCAUGAUAACAGUCCGAAUGCGGUCCAUGCAUGCCAUUCUUUAAAAGAGGAGUUCGAUACUCAGAAAGUGGGACCCUUCUGCUAUAUCCCAUGUGCUGCUCGUACUCUUAACUUGAUCAUAGAUGAUGGAUUGAGAACAACAAAACCGUUAAUCUCUAGAAUCAGGGAGUUUGCUCUAGAGUUGAAUGAAUCUACAGAUUUCUCUGAUGAUUUCGUUCAAUUUUCAACAGCUUAUCGAGAAGGCAGUUGGAAAUUUCCCCUCGACACUUCAGUGCGGUGGAGUGGCAAUUACCAAAUGCUUGAUAUAGUGCAUAAGGCUGGUAAGACCAUGGAUGCUGUUAUCAGGAAGCAUGAUGAAACAUUAGGCAGUCGAAUGCUGCUGUCCUCUGCAGAGAAGAAUGUGGUCAGUGCCGUGCAUGGAUACUUAGAACCCUUCUAUAAGACCACCAAUAACAUGUGCACCAACAAAAUGCCAACCAUUGGACUGGUUCUCUUCUUCAUGGAUCACAUUUCUGAGAUGAUUACUGUGUGCAGAGAAUCCCGACAUAGCUCAGACUGGCUAAAGAAUGCUGCCGAAGACAUGGCCAAGAAGGCCAGGAGUUACAACAGCCAGGUUUGCAACAUAUUUACCUACAUGACAGCCAUUCUCGAUCCCCGGAUCAAAUGUGAGCUCAUUCCUGAGAACCUUAACACACAAAAUUAUCUGGAAGAAGCAAGAGCCCAUUUUGUGAGAAACUAUUCCACUAGCCAUUUCUCAUCCAUGACAAGUGGAUAUGGUGCUCAAGAGAUGGAAGAUGGAGGUAGUGUUUCUUUCGCAGAGGAAAUAGCUCGAAAGAAACGAAGGGGAAGCAUAAGCAGUGCCACAGAUGAGCUCACUCAGUAUCUCUCUGAGCCACCUGCUCCAAUACCAACAGAUGUUCUGGAGUGGUGGAAGGUGAACAGUACUCGAUACCCUCGACUUUCUGUUAUGGCUCGGGAUUUCUUGGCCGUGCAGGCAACUUCAGUAGCUCCUGAAGAACUGUUUUGCAGUAAAGGCGAUGAGAUCGACAAACAACGUUUUUGUAUGCCGCAUGAUAGCACACAAGCUAUCCUUUGUAUAAGGUCUUGGACUCUGGGUGGUAUGAAAUUUAAGUAUAGAUCAACUGAGAUAGACUAUGAAAGGUUAAUGGAAUUGGCAGCUGUUGCAUCAGAUAAUAACGCUUCUGGUUCCGACAAGAAACAGAAGUGAUUAACAGAGACACAACUU